GGCGCCGGCUCCAAAUCUAGGACCGGAAGCAGCGGGGCAUACUUCCGGUCUCUAUGGUGUCUCAUGUGGCCGCCUGUCUUAACCCGACGGUCCUCCAGACUACGGGGCGCUAGCAUGGGGAACAACUGAAAAGCAGCUAGAGAGGUAGGCUUUGGGGUUGCCAGGGAGCGGCUGGCGGCUGACUUCCGUUUCCGGCGACUGAGGCACGAGGAUCCUGUGUUCCAACCCAGAAGGAAAAUGCGGCCUUUGACUGAAGAGGAGACCCGCGUAAUGUUUGAGAAGAUAGCAAAAUACAUCGGGGAGAAUCUUCAGCUGCUGGUCGACCGGCCCGACGGCACCUACUGUUUCAGGCUGCACAACGACCGGGUGUACUACGUGAGCGAGAAGAUCAUGAAAUUGGCCGCUAAUAUCUCCGGUGACAAGCUGGUGUCGCUGGGGACCUGCUUUGGAAAAUUCACUAAGACCCACAAGUUCCGAUUGCACAUCACAGCUCUGGAUUAUCUUGCACCUUAUGCCAAGUAUAAAGUGUGGAUAAAGCCUGGAGCAGAGCAGUCUUUCCUGUAUGGGAACCAUGUGUUGAAAUCUGGACUGGGCCGAAUCACUGAAAAUACUUCUCAGUACCAGGGAGUGGUGGUGUACUCCAUGGCAGACAUCCCUUUGGGUUUUGGGGUGGCAGCAAAGUCUACACAAGACUGCAGGAAAGUAGACCCCAUGGCGAUUGUGGUAUUUCAUCAAGCAGACAUUGGGGAAUAUGUGCGGCAUGAAGAGACAUUGACUUAAAAUGAAAUCAUCGCAAGGACUUAUGGCUGUGUGGAAGGGCCUAGCUUUGUUUCCUGUGUCUGUGUAGGCUCCACCAUCAUGUUGAAUUUUGUCAACACUGUGACUGCUUCAGGGACUUCUUAGUUUAAUCUUCUAUUAUGGACCAUUGCAGGCUGGAUUCUUACACACAGAAAUGGCUCAAGAAUGGGGUUUCAGAUCUUUGUGACUAAAUAGAAUACUAUGUUUUAUAUUUGAAUCAGAGGGCUUCUUGUUUUGAGUAACAGGUUCUGAAUUGUUGGAACUGAGGACAAGAAUAGCUGAUUGUUAUCUGUGAUAACACUGUUUUCCAAACACAUGAUAGGAACACAUGAAUUUUCUUAAUUAUUUAUUAGUACUAUGAAAGAUAGAAUAGUAGGUCAUGGCUGUGAUUAUACAAAUGAAAUUUGGAUAAAAUAAUAAGAACAGUUUGCUCUCCUAAUUUUCUGUAUGGUAGGUGCUGUGUGGUGUGAAAGAAAAACUUGGAUUCAAACCCCAAUUCUGAUACCUACCAGCUCCAUGGCCUUAGAUGAGUCGUUAAACUUUUUUGUGUGUGUGAGGGAGAUCACCCCUGAGCUAACACCCGUGCUAAUCCUCCUCUUUUUUUUUUUUGCUGAGGAAGACCGGCUCUGAGCUAACAUCUAUUGCCAAUCCUCCUCCUUUUUUUUUCCCCCAAAGCCCCAGUAGAUAGUUGUAUGUCAUAGUUGCACAUCCUUCUAGUUGCUGUAUGUGGGACGCGGCCUCAGCAUGGCCGGAGAAGUGGUGCGUCGGUGCGUGCCCGGGAUCCGAACCUGGGCCGUCAGUAGCGGAGCGCGUGCACUUAACUGCUAAGCCACCGGGCGGGCCCCGAGUCGUUAAACUUUAAUAAGCUUUAUUUUCUUUUUCUGUUUCAAAAAACGACAUUAAUUAUCCACCUAAGAAUGGUUUUUAGAAUCAGAAAUCAUGAUUGUAAAGCGCUUAGCACAGUGCCUGAUAAAAGAUAGGUGUUGAAUAAAUGGUAAGAGUUAUUUUUAUAUUGCAUAUACUAUUUCUGUUACUAAGAGUAGGAUCUAAUGAGUAUAGUUUGAUUAUAUUAUCUUGAUUUUUACAAGCUUUUUUUUUUUCUCCUUGAUCUUUUCUUUUUUCUUGCGUGGUGUGAUCCCAGGCUGAAUGUUAUUUUCAUCACCUUGAUUUCCUAAAACAUAAUUUCUCUUAUGAACCUUUACCUACCCGACUGGACAAAAAGCACCAGUCAGAGACCCUGAAAUAAUUCAACUCCUCCAUCCUUCCCCAUACCUCCCAAAAUUAUUUUUAGAAUUAUUACAAUAUU